AUGGCAGGUGGCAAGGAGCGGACGGUCAAGCUAUCCGAAGUGUACCUUGCGACUGAACUCGAGCUCAACAUUGUCUCAUAUGGGAAACUCGAGCUCAAGGGUUUUAAAUUGGUUUACGAUGGCGCGACGCGCUCGCUCGCCAAUCGCAGUAAUGGAGAAGUGGCUUUCGAUUUGACUAUGGAGAACAACGUACUUUACGUUGAGACUGUGAAAACUUCGCACUUAAGGAGCAUGCCAAGUGAUGUACUAAUGGCAAUACUGGCUGAAGAAGGAGCGGCUGAGUCAUCGUUGGGAGUGCAAAGCGGCACGCUCAUGAACUUUUACCAGCGACUCGGACACCUUUCUUUCGACACGGUGGAACGAGUGGCGAAGGAUCCUGCGUCAGGGAUCAAACUCACGGAUCGGCGCAGACUCACGUGUUUGUCAUGUGCUAAAGGGAAGCAGACAAAGAAUUCUCAAUCGCAAAAGGACACCGGCGUGAAUGCACUAAUCGACAGGAUUGGUGGAGUUAUAUGCUCGGAUCUAAAGGGACCUAUGAUGCCCAAGGACCGACAUGGAAACAGAUUUCUCGUGAAUUUUAUUGAUCACAAGUCGAAUUACUGCCGCGUGUUUCUGGCCCCAACUAAGGAUUAA